AUGACGAAGAGACUUUUUAAGGACAAGGGCGACGCCGUUAAAUGUCGGGUAUUCCUGAAUACCUUAUCGGGCUCUGCCCAGAAGUGGUUCGAUGGACUGCCGCAUGGGUCUAUUACCUGCUUCUCAGAUUUUAAGAUAGUGUUCCUGCGCCACUUCGCCAGUAGCAUGAAGUAUCAAAAGACUGACCACUUCUUGUUUGCUCUCAAGCAAGGGUCCUCAGAGCUGUUAAGAAGCUACAUCAAACACUUUAAUCAAGUGGUUCAGGAUGUUCCCUCAGCCACAUCAAAAAUACUUAUGAGUGCUUUCUCCCAUGGGUUGACCGAGGGAGAAUUCUUCAGAGACCUUAUCAGGAAUCCUGUGAGGAAUUUUGAUGAGAUGCUGGAGAAGGCGGCCAGUUACAUCAAAGUAGAGAAAGCGCAGACGGCGCACAGGAAGGCAGACAAACCGCCUCCUUCUACUAACUGA